GGGCUUCCCGCAAAACGUGACCCCCUCCCCGUCCCUACCCCUCUUCCUCCUCGGACAAGCCCUCCCCCUCGCCGCCGCCGCCGCCGCCGCCGCCCCGCAGGUCGCCGGCUCCGCUUCGCGCCGUACCGAUGGCGGAAGAAGCAGCUGCCAAUGCGGCGAAGAAGGAGGAGGAGGAGUUCAGCACCGGGCCCCUGUCCCUGCUCCUCAUGAGCGUCAAGAACAAUACUCAGGUGCUUAUCAACUGCCGGAACAACAAGAAGCUACUUGGUCGCGUGAGGGCAUUUGACCGUCAUUGCAACAUGGUUCUUGAGAAUGUCCGGGAGAUGUGGACUGAGGUUCCAAAGACUGGCAAAGGCAAGAAGAAGGCCCUUCCAGUGAACAAGGACAGGUUCAUCAGCAAGAUGUUCCUCCGCGGCGACUCGGUCAUCAUUGUUCUCAGGAACCCGAAAUGAGUUAGACGACGACGACGACACAUCGUACGCCCAGAAGAGUCUCUUUGCUAUGUAGUCGCUGUUAAGUUUGUGAUACUGAAUACUCUAAAACAGUGAGUGCUUAAGAGAUGAUAUCAAGCCGAGAUUUAGCAGUAUUGAUUACCGGUCCAGUGUUGUAGUUUGGGAUGUUCUGAGUUUUGCCUGUCCUGUAUCUAAAUUGCGCUCGUAGUUUGUAUUUGGACCAUCAAUAUAUCGGCAGAACACAAUUUAAAAAGUUUGAGAAAUGUUUGAUUUGCCGUUGA